UAGCCCGUUUGAAAAAGGGCGUGUAUGAUCGGGGUGGCUUUUGACCAAUUUACGUGAUUAUUUAUGGUGUUUUAGGCCGAUACGAGUGUAUAUAUAUUUUUAACACAAUCUGGGUCUGACGGACGCCGUCGAGGAUGGGGUGCACGCUAAGUACCGAGGAUAAGGCGGCGGUGGAGCGCAGCAAAAUGAUCGACAGGAAUCUGCGGGACGACGGGGAGAAGGCGGCCAGGGAGGUCAAGCUGCUGCUGCUCGGUGCCGGAGAAUCAGGAAAAAGCACAAUCGUCAAGCAGAUGAAGAUCAUCCAUGAAGCCGGAUACUCAGAAGAAGAGUGUAAGCAGUACAAAGCCGUGGUCUACAGCAACACCAUCCAGUCCAUCAUAGCCAUCAUCAGAGCCAUGGGCCGCCUGCAGAUCGAUUUCUGCGACUCAACCAGACCUGACGAUGCACGGCAGCUGUUUAUCCUGGCGGGCACGGCGGAGGAAGGCUCCAUGUCAACCGAGCUGGCCGGUAUCAUCAAGCGGCUCUGGAACGACACCGGAGUUCAGCAGUGCUUCAGCCGCUCGCGCGAGUAUCAGCUCAACGACUCCGCCGCAUACUAUUUGAACGAUCUGGACAGGAUAUCCCAGGCAAACUACAUCCCGACCCAGCAGGACGUCCUGAGGACCCGAGUCAAAACAACAGGCAUUGUGGAGACUCACUUCACCUUCAAAGACCUGCACUUCAAAAUGUUCGAUGUUGGCGGUCAGCGCUCUGAGAGGAAGAAGUGGAUCCAUUGCUUUGAGGGAGUCACUGCCAUCAUCUUCUGCGUGGCCCUAAGCGACUACGACCUGGUGCUGGCCGAGGAUGAAGAGAUGAACCGAAUGCACGAGAGCAUGAAACUGUUCGACAGCAUCUGCAACAACAAGUGGUUCACAGACACCUCCAUCAUCCUCUUCCUCAACAAGAAAGAUCUGUUCGAGGAGAAGAUCAGGAGGAGUCCUCUGAGCAUCUGCUACCCAGAAUACGCCGGUUCCAACACGUACGAGGAAGCGGCAGCCUACAUCCAGUGUCAGUUUGAAGACCUGAACAAGCGGAAGGACACCAAGGAGAUCUACACCCACUUCACCUGCGCCACAGACACCAAGAACGUGCAGUUCGUCUUUGACGCCGUCACCGACGUCAUCAUCAAGAACAACCUGAAAGACUGUGGGCUUUUCUGAGGAUGAGGUGAAGACGACUUUCUUUCUUGGCAACUUGUGAGCAUCUUUGGAGGGGAGAGGAGGAUCGUGAUGGACCAGUGCUGUACUAUACGCCACUUUUAACAGCUUUAUUUAUGUUUUUGUCUCAGAACUAUGAACUAGCGUUACUACAUUUGUGUAGGAUGUUUGUAUCACGUAAAAAAAUCACCGCAAACGUUUUUCUUUUGUUUUUUUUAGUCUAAUUUUGUUUGUUCUUGAGGAAGACCCCAUGUUUUCUGCUGUUUCUCGUGCCGCUGUUUCUGGAAUAAGGAACUUUGUUAUUGGUGGAAAAGCUCCUUCUUUUUUUCCCUGCUCUUCAACAACCACUUGGGAAGAGAAAAGGUGUUUGGGGAGGGGUCCGGGGUUGCGAGUCCUGGUUUGUUGGUACCUGUGCCUUGGCAUGCAUCUUUACUGCGGUCGUUCGUCCCGAUGCUUGUUCUGUUGCCUGCUGAAGUGUUCUAGACAUAAAGAGGUAAACUGUUUUCAUACGCCGGCGUCUCUUCUAUCCCACAUGUGCAUGUCACUGAGCUAUCAGGAGGACCUACUUGUAGCCUCCACGAACCCCCCUGACGCACCACGACAAUGGAGGCCCACAGUACAGUACUGAGAUUUACUCCCUCCAGGCUGCUUUUUAAACUGUAAACAAGUCAUUCAGAAAGUCAACAAGGAGACUAACCUGAUUUUUUUUUUUUUUCACAUUUUACUGUACAUUUGAACACAUUCAGAGGAGAUGAUGGAGGUUUUGGCGUGUAAGGAGAGAAAAAUGGAGCUGCAGACGGAUUUCUGUAAAGUUGAAAGGAUCUAAGCUUCUUAUUUGAUAAACAAACGACCAGCCUAAAGAUUCAUUUAUCUUGUUUCUGCAAAAAAAAAAAAAAAAAAAAACCUGGUCUUCAGAUUGUUGCUACUUUGAGCGAUGUUACAAAAGGUUCUGUCGGUGUAAAGAAACUGCCACAAACUGUCCAUGUAUGUGUACUUUCUCCAUGGAAGGAGAAUCUUUGUAGACUCAUCUCCCUUAUUUUGCUAAUAAAAAACAUUUACAAAGUG